UUGCUAUUAGAAGAGAAACCUAGAGAAGUUUUCUUCUCUGAUUUCCAGUUGUGCCUGCUGAGAAGUGAAGUGAGAAGGACAACAUGCCGGCCGGCCAUGGUGUUAGAUCACGAACGAGAGAUCUGUUCGCUCGUCCGUUUAGGAAGAAGGGUUACAUUCCAUUGACGACUUACCUGAGGACAUUCCGAGUCGGAGACUUCGUUGAUAUCAAGGUUAACGGAGCCAUUCACAAGGGUAUGCCGCACAAGUUUUAUCAUGGCCGUACCGGUAAGGUUUGGAAUGUCACCAAACGAGCCAUCGGUGUCGAAGUCAACAAGCAGGUGCGAAACAAAAUACUCAAGAAACGAAUUCAUGUGCGUGUGGAGCAUGUCCUGCCUUCGAGGUGCAAUGAGGAAAUUCGACAACGCAAGAUAAAGAACGACCAACUGAAGGCAGAGGCUAAAGCCCGAGGUGAGGUGAUUAGUACCAAGAGACAGCCAGAAGGCCCUAAACCAGGUUUCAUGGUGGAAGGUGCCACUUUGGAGACUGUGACCCCUAUCCCCUAUGAUGUUGUUAAUGACCUCAAAGGUGGAUACUAGGUUAGCAGUUCCUUCUUGGUGUUCAGUUUUUGUCUGGUCAUUAUGGACGGUUGAUGGGAUUUAGAAUCUUGAGAUAUUUAUUUUCUUGAGAUUUCUUUUUGUUUGUUAUGAGUCUAAAAGAACAUCUAGUUUGUUUAACUAUCAAUUUUAGAUACAAGUGAAGUUAUUUUGUCAGAGAUCUUGAAUG